UUCAAUCCAGACCAUUACACAGCAAUGGGGGGGAAUUAACCUAAAAGAAGAAGAAGAAGAAGAAGAAGAAGAAGAAGAAAAGUUGGAACAGCCAGCCUUGCAACAAUUCUUUUUCUCUCUUUUUUUUUAUGUUUUGUUUUUCUUACCUAUAAAGAUUUUGUUUCUGAUUUUCUUUUUCUUUUUUUCUCUGUCAUCAGCCUCCCCCUCCCCCCUCUCAAUAGCCUUUCAUAGCUUCUUUCUUUUUCUUUUCCCAUUCUUUGGGUGUCUUUCAGGGAAAAAGAUCUGAAAUUUGCAUUGAAAUUGAAAAGAAGAGAGUUCUCUGUGCAUGAAAAAUUUUGGAAAUUGAACAUCCUAAGCUAUGUCGUGCUGCGGAGGUGCGGAGGAGGAGCUCGACGGUCCACCAACGAACCAAUAUCAAACCCCACCUAGAGCAGGAAGUCAAAUUGGUGGUCCUGGGAGUGGAAGAGGAAGAGGAGAGCCAAGGGGUGGGGGAGCGGCAAAAAGUGGGGAUCCUCAAAAAGUGCUACCAAUUGAAAUACCAGCCAUUCCCUUAGAUGAGUUAAACAAUAUGACUGAUAACUUUGGAACUAAGUCUUUGAUUGGUGAAGGUUCUUAUGGCCGGGUUUUCUAUGGAACAUUAAGUGAUGGUCAGCCUGCUGCUAUCAAGAAACUCGACACCAGUUCUUCACCUGAACCCGAUUCUGACUUCGGUUCUCAGUUGUCAGUGGUUUCAAGACUUAAACAUGAGCAUUUCGUGGAGUUGUUGGGGUAUUGUUUGGAGGAUAAUAACAGAAUCUUGGUAUAUCAACAUGCAACCAAGGGUUCUUUACAUGAUGUAUUACAUGGAAGGAAAGGUGUACAAGGGGCUGAACCGGGUCCAGUUCUAACAUGGAACGAAAGAGUUAAGAUAGCUUUCGGUGCUGCAAAAGGACUUGAAUAUUUGCAUGAGAAAGUUCAGCCCUCUAUAAUCCAUCGUGAUGUCAGAUCAAGCAAUGUCCUUCUUUUCGAUGAUUUCGUCGCCAAGAUUGCCGAUUUCAACUUGACCAACCAAUCUUCCGACACUGCAGCUCGACUCCAUUCCACCAGAGUCUUGGGUACCUUUGGUUACCAUGCCCCUGAGUAUGCUAUGACAGGACAAAUAACACAGAAAAGUGAUGUGUACAGUUUUGGAGUUGUUCUUCUCGAGCUCUUGACAGGGAGAAAACCAGUAGAUCAUACAAUGCCCAAAGGACAACAAAGUCUAGUAACUUGGGCAACUCCAAGAUUGAGUGAAGACAAGGUCAAACAAUGUGUGGAUCCCAAGCUGAACAAUGACUACCCACCCAAGGCAAUCGCCAAGCUAGCGGCCGUUGCAGCACUUUGUGUCCAGUAUGAGGCAGAUUUUCGGCCAAACAUGACAAUUGUUGUCAAAGCUCUUCAGCCUCUUCUAAAUGCGAAACCAGCAGGACCAGAACCUCCGUCAUAAUAUACACACACACACACAAACACACAUUAUAUGUUAUAUAUUUCCGACAUAUAUAAUAAACAGUAGCAAGGUUUGUGUAGUAGUAACACUUUGUUCAUGUUUUGUAAUCUCAUUAUUUUAUGAUCAAAUAUA